UUAACGGGUAUAAAAUGUCAAAUGUGUUGGUGAGGAAAUAGCGGCAGAUACUUAUCAACUAAAAUAAACACAGGAACAGAUAAUUUGAUUAAUUUGCGCAGCUUAAAGAAAAGAUGCAUAUUAUCUCGAAGUGUAUUUAAGGUGAGAAGAAGAAGAUUUCAUCAGUUGAUUUACGCCACAGUCCCACGCACGUUCUGGUAAACAAUAGGAUCUCUGAAAAUCUCUCUGGCAAUUUUUCAAAAAUGGUUCUUUUGAAUUGCUGCAAAUAUCUCCUUUUCUUGGGACUAAUGGUUCAAUUUUCAAAUGGAAACCCAAGAUACCAAGGCAACAAUUACUAUUCAAAAUCCUCAAAUGCGGACAACUCCAAAGGCUUUGAUAUAAUUAUCUUCACCCAGAGCUGGCCAAAAACAGUUUGUUCUCAAUGGAUGAAAAAAUCACCAGCGCAUCAUUGUAACAUGCCCAAAACUGCCACCUGGUCCAUUCAUGGACUUUGGCCAUCCCAGUAUCACAAAAUGGGUCCAGAAUCUUGCGAUAAUAGUUUAAGUUUCGACCCAAGAGCUUUGCACAAUAUAAGAAAAGAAUUAUUAGUUAAAUGGAUGGAUGUGCAUGGGGAGCGCCCAGAAUCAUUCUGGGAACACGAAUACACCAAACAUGGAACUUGUGCAGCUGUACUCACUAGUAUGAACUCGGAAGAAAAAUAUUUCCAAACAGCUUUGGACUUAUUUGAUAAAUAUCCCAUGAAGAAUGUACUUGCUCAAGCAAAUAUCACACCUGGAAGAAAUUACCCUGUCCAGAAAAUCCUAGAUGGAGUGAAGAACGUUUUGGGGAAAAAUGCUCAAGUUACCUGCGACAAACAUCCGGAAACCCAAGAUCAAACAAUAAUGGAAAUAAGGAUCUGCUUCGAUAAGAAGUUAAAUUUGACGGAUUGCGAUGGAAUCCUCGCCUUCCCUACGAAUUGCGACCGUAAAAUAGACGUUACCUAUUAAAAACUGUACAACGAUUAUUGUUUAAAUAAUAAUUAAAGUCAGGAAGAACAUAGUGCACUCGGGAAAGAUUUUCUGCAGUUUUCCUCUCCAUUGGCCCAAACUCUGAACAAAAGCUAGCGCUUCUAAUAAAAAUUCGGCUGCAGACGGUAUAGAAAUACUUAAUAAGAAUGGUUUUUACAUACAUAUGUUUUCAAAAAUCAUGUACCAAUGAGAA